AUGACCGGCGCCGCCACCCCGUCCAUCACCGGACUAGACAAGGAGGAGAAGGAUUCCUUCGUGCCAAGCACUGACGACACGGCCUCCUCCAUCCACAACAUCACCACAUCACCACCCUCAAAACCCCCACCCAAUGACUCCCAACCCACCACCGUCCCCCUCCCCCAAGGCGAGGGUGACGGAAAGGGCGACAACACCACCCCGGACGCCACUACCAGCCCCCCGCCCGAAGAGACCCGCACCCCCCUCCAAACCACCAUGAUCCUGCUCGCCCUCGCAUCCGCCCUCUUCCUCGCGGCCCUCGACGUCACCAUCGUGACGGUCGCCGUCCCCACCAUCGCGCAAGAGUUCCAGAGCACCGCCGGGUACACGUGGAUCGGCUCCGCCUACAUGCUGGCGACGGCGGCGGCCGCGCCCAUGUGGGGCAAGAUCUCGGAUAUUUGGGGGAGGAAGCCGAUUAUGCUGAUUGCGGUGGCUGUGUUUUGGGUGGGGUCGUUGUUGAGUGCGGUCAGUGUGAAUAUGGGGAUGUUGAUUGUUGCAAGGGCGGUGCAGGGGGUGGGGGGUGGCGGGAUUGUGAUUUUGGUGAAUGUGUGUAUUAGUGAUUUGUUUUCGAUGAGGAAGAGGGGGGUUUACUUCGGGGCCAUGGGCAUGGUGUGGGCGGUGGCCUCGGCGGUUGGGCCGGUGCUCGGCGGUGUUUUCACCAGUGAGGUGACCUGGCGGUGGUGUUUCUACAUCAACUUGCCCAUUUCUGGCGUAGGCAUGGCGGUGCUGGCAUUCGUGCUCAAGCUGCACAAUCCGCGUACGCCCAUGCGCCAGGGCCUGGCCGCCGUCGACUGGCUUGGGUCGGUGACUGUCGUGGGCGCCACCCUGAUGGUCAUGCUCGGGCUGGAGCUCGGCGGUGUCACCUUUCCCUGGAGCUCGCCAACCGUCGUGUGCCUGCUCGUGUUUGGUUUCGUCACGGCGGGCCUGUUUAUCCUCAUCGAGUGGAAGUUCGCCGAGUACCCGCUGGUGCCCAUGUACCUCUUCAGCAACCUAUCCAGCGGCGCGUCUCUCUUGACCGGGGCGUUGCAGGGUUUUGUCUUCCUCUCGGGCAGCUACUACUUGCCGCUGUACCUUCAGGCCGUCCUGGGGGCGUCGCCGUUGAUGUCGGGAGUAUAUAUUCUCCCGUGGGUCAUGUCCCUCUCCCUCGUCUCCGCCGGCACGGGCCUCGUGAUCAAGAAGACGGGAAAAUACCUCCCUUCUAUCAUCUUCGGCAUGGCCGUCAUGACCCUCGGCUUCGGUCUCUUCAUCGACCUCGAGCCGCGGGCGAACUGGACCAAGAUCAUCAUCUAUCAGCUUGUGGCCGGCAUCGGAGUUGGCCCGAACUUCCAGGCCCCUCUCAUCGCUCUUCAGACGACGGUUGCGCCCCGUGACAUGGCCUCGGCUACGGGCACCUUCGCCUUUCUUCGGCAGCUGUUUGCCUCGAUUUCCAUCGUCAUAGGCGGCGUGGUGUUCCAAAACGGCAUGGAGAAGCAAUAUCCCCGACUUCGGGAGCAACUCGGGCCAGAAGCUGCGGAAUUGUUCUCUGGCAGCAACGCCGCGUCCAGCGUCGGUCUCGUCAAGGACCUUCCCGAGAACCAACAGCAGAUCGCGAGGGAGGCCUAUUUUGACAGCUUGCGGACUAUGUACAUCAUGUACGUCGCCUUUGCCGGGCUAGGUUUGUUGGUCUCGUUCCUUGUUGGCUCGCGCCAGCUCAGCAAGGACCACACAGAAACCAAGACGGGUCUGGAUCACCUGAAGCAGUCAAACCAAGACCGCCUGGACAAGGUCGCAAACGGAAAAGUGAAGGAUGAAGAGAAGGGGCAGCUUGCGGAAGUGUCUGGAAGUUCCGAGGGGGAGAAGAAGGAGGAGGCAGGGUUGCGGAGUGAGCCGCGCAACGGUGCAGAGGGUGAAGCCGUCACGAGGUAG